GCCACCUUCCCUUAGCUCUGGAGCACCUGCCGCUUUGCUGCGGCUUUUUUGUGCCACUUUCCCCGGGGAUCGGGUACCACUCUGGACCCACGUUCAGUGAACUCAUUACUCCCUAGAGUUGCUCGUGGGCGCUGGGAGGGCAGUGCGCUCUCCCGCCGCAGUCAAGGGCCGGUUUGCGGGGAGCAUCCACGUCCGGUACCACUGCUGCCUCCUCGGGAGAGAGAGCCGGCCUGUUCGAUGAAAUAGAUAAACUAGGUUUUUUAUAGCUGUCCUCUGAUGAUCUUGACAUAGUAUUCGCCUGUGUAUUCCAAAAGUAAUCUCACAUUUGAAGAGACUAACAAUUCCUGGUUUUGCCAGGAAUCAAGUUGAAGAAACGCUUCUACUACUUAAAGAGGUGCCGGCAAACGGUACUUAUUAAGCUGCCCCAAUGGGAUUUCCUCUUAGUAAAUCUGCUACUCGAGUAUCUGCUAUGCGUGCGGAUUCAAAAGUGGAUGAUCACUUAAUGCAAGGGACUGAGAAAAGCAAAUUGGAACCAGUGACUCGGUUAUUUCAAAACACCAAGAAAGUAAGAUUAGAAGACACAAACCAAGAAAACUUUACAAGGAGUAAAGACACUGGAACAGGAUCUUUUUCAGAGAAAGCCUUGGGUUCGGUGGUAUAUGUGAAAGAAAGUGAUGGGAUAGAAAUGACAGAUGUGGAAUGAAGUUAUCCGUGUAUCUGACCAAAGAAACCAAAAUUUGCUUUUGACUAAGAGGGCAUGUUGAAUGAGAACUUAACCUUAUUAGGAAAACCUGACAAAAUGAAGGGAGAUGAUUAUUUAUUUUUUACUAUCUAUAAAUCUAUAAAUCUACAAUUUUUUAUUGUCAAAAAUCAGAGUUUUUGUGUAACAGUAUUUAAAUGGCACCAAAACAUUCUAAUUAUAAUGUAUUUCCUUAACAAGUGAUCAAAAAACAGUGCCCAAACGAUUUGACAUCAAUAUUUCACAUUAUUUCUGGUGUAUUGAUUUUGUAUGUUGGAGUUCCAAUUGGGGGUUUUGCUUUAGAAUACAUUAUUUUCCUGCAUUUUUGCAGUUCUGUUCUUUAAAAGAUCACUGCAGGUAAACUCUGUAAAAGACUGGUAAAUUAUGUACCUCAACAUGAAUUUCACGUUUCAAAUCAUCCUUUUAAAAACUUUUUUUUUUACCCACACUGAAUUCAUUUCCAUUACAAAAUAGUUAUUUCCACGUGUAACACUUUAUCUUGCAGAUGUUACCAUUUUAUACCACCGAUAUUUAAUAUAAAGAAAACAGCCUACUAUUAAAAAAAUUAUUAUAUAUAUGUAUCAGUUUGCCAUUCUGACUGAAAUAUCUAGUAUUUGGAAACAACAGUAUUGUCUCAAAUAAUGUUAGAUGAAAUUAAAAUCAUUUGUGUCUGGCCAUAUAGUGACUAGCUGU